ACCACUUAAAAACCAAAACAAAUCAAGAAGAAAGAGUUCGUACACAAAAUAAACUUUAUUAUAUUAUAAUCUAAGGAAGUUAAAUAAUAUUAGGAGAUGGGUAUAAAAUAAUUGUCGAGUGGACUUCAAGGAAUCACAAAUAAAUUAAUAAACGCGUGGUAGAACCCGAUCCACAAAUCCAAUAACAAAUAGGCAUUAAAAACAUGGAACCGCUAGAACCGGAUAUUAUUACCACGAAAACUAAGGAACUGACGGUAGAGGAGAAGCAAAAGUUGGAGGAGCAAAAUAAACGUGGUUUUGUGCCCGAAUUCAAAGCCAAUAAGCUGGAAAUAGAUGCACAGAGAAACUGGGAUAUAUUCUACAAGCGGAAUGAGACACGCUUUUUUAAGGAUCGCCACUGGACCACACGGGAGUUCCAGGAGCUGCUGGACCAGGCAAAAUUUGGCGAAAAACAGACUCUUUUUGAAGUGGGAUGCGGAGUGGGAAAUCUAGUCUUCCCUCUUCUAGAGGAACAAACCAGCGAGGAAGGAUGUUUCACAAACGAAAGAUUUUACUUUUACGCCUGCGACUUCUCACCUCGAGCCGUGGACUUCGUUCGCUCCAAUCCUCUUUACGAUCCCACCCACAUAACUGCCUUUCAAUGCGAUAUAACGACGCAACAGGUGCACGAGCACAUUCCGGCCAGCAGCCUGGAUGUCUGCACCCUGAUAUUUGUUCUCUCCGCUAUACAUCCACAAAAAUUUGUAGAUGUAGUGAAGAACUUGUGGAAGGUACUAAAACCAGGAGGACUGGUGCUAUUCAGGGAUUACGGCCUGUACGACAUGGCACAGUUGCGCUUCAAGCCAGGUAACAAGAUUGCCGAAAAUCUCUAUGUGCGACAGGACGGUACCCGUAGCUACUUCUUCUCAGAGGAAGAGGUGUCAAAACUCUUCCUAGAGAACGGAUUCGAAGUUAUUACGAAUUCUUAUGUCCACCGACGAACGCUUAACCUCAAGGAAGGCGUGGAUGUGCCGCGUAUUUUCCUGCAGGGAAAGUUCAGAAAGAUGAACCUCUGACGACAAAGUAACGUUCAUUGUUACGUAUUUAGUUGUUGUAUUUAUUUUAAAUCAAUAACAUGGUUCAAGUCAACGUUCAAUAAAUAUUUGUAUGUA